GGAGCCACCAAGGAAGGAUAUUGGUUUUACUCUGAGGGCCAGUUAGGGUUUGCAUAAGCCUCUGAGUUCCGUCGUCGUACCGUAAGUUGGUGUGACAGACAAAUUAAAUGUCUUCCUGCAGCGGCUUCGUAUUAUUUAUAGUUGCGAUACAGAAUGGGUAUAUUAGCCUGAAACCCCCAGAAAGGGAUCUGGAAGGGGGAACCGGCAACUGGGGAUCGAUCUGCAGUCAUUGGAUUCAGCGGUGGGCGCCGGGACCUUGCGUCCCUCCAGGGUUCGCCGGCGAUUGCCGAGAUUCUCCUAUUUCUCGGUCCAAACGAAUUCCUCCUUCUGUUUCUAUUUCCCCGGAACCUGUGAUUCUAGCCAACGAUCCAUGCUAUAAACAGAAGCUGCAGAGGAUCUAUAAUAAG